GAAGCCAACUCCAUUCGACCAAACAAGACAGCAACAGAAAGAAAGACAAAAUUCUGAGAAAAGUAAAAUAAGAACGUGCGUCAACCCGAAAUCAAUAGUGAGAGCCCACAUUCCGGAAGUGUCCCACACCAACGUCCUGUUUGCAGAAUCUUGCAGGUGUUAUCAAUGCGAACCCUACCAAACCCUAACAACCCCCCAACAUACUCUCCCCAUACCGUCCGGUGCUUAUUUCCCUCUACAGAUCGGCGCCAUUUGCUCAUUGAGAUCUAUUGACCUCUAGUCUCCUGUGGUGGCAAACUCGCGGAGUUCAUUAGAGUAACCAUGGUUCCAUUUCGCAUUGCAUGUAUAUUACUGCCUAUUAUAUGCGGAGCUCUGUCGGGUCAGAGGUAUAUAUGUCAUGGAAGCUGGAUAUCGUCAUGAUUCAACCAAUUUCAACUUUUUCUUCAUCGGAGUCAUCUCGUUCAGUACAGCGUGAAUCGCAUGCUCCUUUGUUCUGUUUUAUAUCACCCUUUGUUGAGUCCCCCAUUCACACCUAGAUCGGCGCUACAUAAAGUGUCAUUAUCCCCUCUCAAUCCCUAUCACCACUGCUACGAGAAGAAGUGAUAGUCCAAUAUGGUCCAAAGCGCUGCAAGAGUCAAUUCCGGCAGUUCUAGUCGUGAAUACGGCAUCACAUUCGAAUGUGCGCCUCCGUUAGCCGUUCGUCCCGGAGUUCCCUUGACCCUACCGGUGAUCGUUGCGGUUCGACCUGUCGGCGCUCCCAGAGACAAUUCUGUGCAGCAGCUGGUAGUAAAUGUGUCGCUACGAAAUGAGUCCGGAACCGCGACUUGUCCCGGACUUACCGGCACCUUGACGUCGAGUGUUCGCAGCCGUCAUGGAAACACCACGACUGGGUUUGGAAAAUUCGGUCGGCUCACCAUCGCGCAGCCAGGACGCUAUCGACUGCGAGUAAUGUUGGGCGCUGCUUCUGCCAACGGAGUGACGACACGAGACUAUAUUGACUCGGGAGUCAUUGAGGUUCAUGCUGGUGCUCCGGCAGCUCAGCGGCCAACUCCAUCACAAGUCGCCAAACUCCAAAGCUUGAUCCCAGAGAACAUCGACUUGUCGGCAGGCGAUAUUGCAGCCUGGCAGCAAGCUUGAUCCAACCGUCCCCCAACCUCAUAUUGCAUCGAACAAGAGGAGUGAUAGGAGUUACUUUCAAUUUAGGUCUAGCAUUGAUAUCUUUCCAGGGGCGUUGUUGGGAGCGUGGAUACACGGUAUUAACGACAUAGAGGGGAUUUGCUUUAGUAUUGCUCCGCGGCAAAUAGUCUAGAAGGUAGAUAUUUCCUACUGUGUGAUGAUAAUUUCACCAAUCCUUUAAUC